GAGCUGCACAUCUAUUGCUCACGCUGCACCGCCGACCAGCUGGAGAUCCUCAAAGUCAUGGGCAUCCUGCCCUUCUCCGCGCCCUCGUGCGGGCUCAUCACCAAGACGGACGCCGAGCGCCUGUGCAACGCGCUGCUCUACGGCGGCGCCUAUCCGCCGCCUUGCAAGAAGGAGCUGGCGGCCAGCUUGGCGCUGGGCCUGGAGCUCAGCGAGCGCAGCGUCCGCGUGUACCACGAGUGCUUCGGCAAGUGCAAGGGGCUGCUGGUGCCCGAGCUGUACAGCAGCCCUAGCGCCGCCUGCAUCCAGUGCCUCGACUGCCGCCUCAUGUACCCGCCGCACAAGUUCGUGGUACACUCGCACAAGGCCCUGGAGAACCGGACCUGCCACUGGGGCUUCGACUCAGCCAACUGGCGGGCCUACAUCCUGCUGAGCCAGGACUACACAGGCAAGGAGGAGCAGGCCCGCCUUGGCCGCUGCCUGGACGACGUGAAGGAGAAGUUCGACUAUGCCAACAAGUACAAGCGGAGGGUGCCCCGGGUCUCAGAGCCCCCAGCUUCCAUAAGACCCAAAGCAGACGACACUUCCUCACAGUCCCCUGCGUCUUCUGAGAAGGACAAGCAGUCCACUUGGCUGCGGACCUUGGCUGGUUCCUCCAAUAAGAGCCUUGGCUGCGCUCACCCUCGCCAGCGCCUUUCUGCUUUCCGGCCCUGGUCCCCUGCAGUGUCAGCAAGUGAGAAAGAGACCUCCCCACACCUCCCAGCCCUGAUUCGAGACAGCUUUUACUCCUACAAGAGCUUUGAGACAGCUGUGGCCCCCAAUGUGGCCCUAGCACCACCAACCCAGCAAAAGGUUGUGAACAGUUCACCAUGCACCACUGUGGUCUCUCGGGCACCAGAACCUCCUCCUGUGGUUGCUCCUGAUGCUGCAGCCCAUGCCGAUGCCCCAAGUGGGCUGGAGGCAGAGUUGGAGCAUCUGCGGCAAGCCCUGGAGGGUGGCCUGGAUACCAAGGAAGCCAAAGAGAAGUUCCUACAUGAGGUGGUAAAAAUGCGUGUGAAGCAGGAGGAGAAGCUAACAGCAGCCCUACAGGCUAAGCGCAGCCUGCACCAGGAGCUAGAAUUCUUGCGUGUGGCCAAGAAGGAGAAAUUGCGUGAAGCCACCGAGGCCAAGCGCAGUUUGAGGAAAGAGAUUGAGCGGCUCCGAGCUGAAAACGAGAAGAAGAUGAAAGAGGCCAACGAGUCUCGGGUGCGCCUGAAGCGAGAGCUGGAGCAGGCGCGGCAGGUCCGGGUGUGUGACAAGGGCUGUGAGGCCGGCCGCCUGCGCGCCAAGUAUUCAGCCCAGAUUGAGGACCUGCAAGCAAAGCUGCAGCAUGCAGAGGCGGACCGAGAGCAGCUUCGAGCUGACCUGCUGAGGGAACGUGAGGCCCGUGAGCACCUGGAGAAGGUGGUGAAGGAGCUUCAGGAGCAGCUGUGGCCUCGGCCACGGCCUGAGAAUGUGGGUGGCGAGGGCAGUGCCGAGCUGGAUCCCUAGCCUGUGCAGUGCCUGCCACUGCCACAUGGACUCCAUACGUGCGCAGAGGGCGGCGGGUACGUGGCUCUGCAGACCCAGCCCACGCCUCUGCAGCCACACAGCACAACGUCUCUACUGUGCCUAUUACCAAGCGAGUGUUUGUAACCACAUACUUUUGGAAUCCACUGCAAAAUUUUCUACUGGCCAAGUUCAAGUGAGCAAGCCAUGUCCCCCAGCUGCAGCCAGAGUUGAGACUAGCUCUGUGGCUUGUAGCUGGUCCUCUGCUUGCUAGAACAUUCUAACAUUUACACUUUUGUUAUAAGCUAUUUAAAACCAGUAAGAAGACUUGAUAUUCAGAAAAUCAACAUGUUUUUUAAUGACUAACUGUAAAAGGCCCCUACACGUGACGCCAUCUGGACACCCACUCUGGUGGGGGUGGCACCCACCCACCACCGUCCUGGGAAGCCAUCACCGCUCAUCUGUGCCCGCGGCUGCAAGAGGACAGCAAGGGUUUUCUUCAGAGUCUAUUUUUUCAGCCACAAGGACCCCAGUCUUCCUGCUGCUGCCAGGAAGAGCAGGGAGAGUGCCGCGUGCGCGAUGAGCCCCAACACUGCCCGCCUUACCGCCGCUGCCCCGCCCACCAACAUCACCACUAACCCUGCCGUGCAGGCACCAGGGCUCCUGAGUCACAGUCAGGCCCCCGGAUGCCCCGCCCACCUACACCUUGAGGGGCCGACCUGUGUUAGGCAGUGGCCAUGGUCCAGUGUCAUGUUGUAUUGUCCCCAUACACACCGCCCACCCACCCACACGCUGCUUGACCACAGCAACCCCUUUUCAAUGCAGCAGACAUCACUCCUCUCGUCUUGGGACUGAGGCUGCAGCAUUGGAACAAAAACAGCAUUAUAUCACUUUUUUCUUUCUUUUUUUUUUUUGUUGUUGUUCAUUUAAACAUGUAUUUAGAACUGCACUUUGUCAGAACCCUCCCUUCUCUUUUUACUCCCCAGUUAACUGAGGUUUUUACUGAUUUCUAGAGCAGUUCAAACCCUAAGUGCUCGAGUGCUUAGAAAUCCCCUCUGGUGCUUGGUUGAACAAGGGAAUCACAAGAAAAUGAAAAUGCAGAGACUGAACUUGGGGGUCGUUCUGUGCCUUCCAGCAUCUUGUACAGCAAACCCUGACUUGUCUUUUUACCCCCAAAAUAUCGUCUUCAGUAGCGAUUGAAUCUGCCACUGUCAAAAUACGUUACUUGCAUUUAUUCCAAAUAAUCUCGUUUACUCUUAACUGUUUAUGCAAAUUGUAUAAGAUUUCUUAUGCCCAAGCUUGAAAAAUGAUUUCCUAGUCGACAAGAGGCCACCACCCAUCCUCCAGUUGUGUUUAUUUACAUGAGAAGAUCACACAGAAGCCCUCCCUCUGCUCCAGUCCUGACAGGGCAGCCGUGAGCUGAGGGAGGUUGAGAUGGCUUGGGCAGGUACAAACGACCUCAAGGACUCGCGCCUGCCUGCGACUGGAGACUGCUAAGCCCUGACACUUGGUGCCGAGGUCGUCUGCAGGGUUUUGCCCUUGGUUUACUGUGGGGGGCUGGGCUGCUGCCAGGUCCCCCCCUUCUGAAGUGCAAUGCAAAAGGGACGUCAUGUAUAUGCAGCGUUUAUUUGGAGUUUUUUCUUUGGCUUUUUUUCCUCUCAGUUAUGAAACUUGUAUGCAUGGAUUUCACAUCUCCAUAGCUAGACCCACCCAUGGGCAUUAUGACCGUGUCUCCUAAAGGGUCAGUUUUGUUACGCAACACGAAGAAUGCUGUUUUCAGCCUUGUUUUUCUAGAGUUGUGUUUUUCAGUCAUUUCUUCAAGGAAAACUAAAUGAUUUAGUUGGAGCAAAGCUUUAAGUGUGUUGGUGUGCUUCUGUGUGGCUGUCCCUGUUGCCCAGUUGGAGAUCACAGUGAUUUGGGCCCCUCUGAGCCUCGGGUUCCAGGGGCACUUGCUUUUAUCAGUAGAGCCUCUCCUUGCCACAGCUUUGGUCACCAUCAGUUUCCUGGCCUCCUUGGUCCAGCACUGGCCCCAUUAUGGGGAGGAAGUACGCUGUCUGCAGCGGAGACUCCUCCUCCCGGGCCAGGGUGACUUGGGUCUGGGAAGGGCUUGUCAUCUCAUGAGUUGUUCCUCCUGAGUCCCUCCUCCCCUGCUUCCUGUGAGGCCCUUGCAGGCAGUGGGACCAGAGUGCAGGGCUCCCGUUUACCAGAAGCUUGUGAUCUAGGUCCUUCUAAUGCUUCUGCCAGACGCCGGGCCGCCCCGGGUGAAGCUAGUGAAGCACCGGGUGUUUUGUGUGGCUGCCGAGGAAGGCGGCCCUGCCUGCUGCAGGACCUGCCGUGGACUGAGCACAGCCAGGUACUGCAUGCCUGGCUCCCCCUUAGGAAGGCUGCAAAUUUCUUUUCAGAGAAAGGGAGGAGAGGUUUCCAUCAUGUUGGCUGUUGACUCUCCCUGUAUGUUAAAUCCUUUAUCAGUUUACUCAUUAUUUCUAUCCUGAAAAUUUUUUAACGAAGGGAAAAAACAACAGCAAUAACACUCAUUGGUGAGCAGCUAAUUCAUACACAUGACACCCUGCUUUUCAUACAGAACUAGCCAAUGUAAAAACAACUCACAUGUAAAUACUUUUUCCAUUUCACACCAUUGUAUUAUACGUGUAUAGGGUGAUUCCUUUUCCAGAAACUUUUCUUACCUGCUGGUUGUCUUGUUUUCUGGGUUGUUUUUAACUGAGGAAAAAUUGCUCAUCUGCCAGAGGGGACAGAAGCGUCUUGUGGCAUUUCCCAUGUGGUGUCCUCCAUGGCCACCCACUAACCCCAGUUCCUACUCAGAGUAUCCUCCGAGGUCUCUCCCCACAUGCCCACCCUAGGGUUUGGGGGUGGGGGGUGCGUUAAGUCAGGAUUCUCAAAUGACAUUUUCAUCAAUUAAAGAAAAAUAGACCCACCUCAACCUUCAUCACUGCCCAAGCCCCUGCGCCCCCCAGUCCUGUGCUGCUGCUAAUGACAAUAUGAUGGCUUACUCUGCUACUCGAGAACUAUUUUUAUGUAAUUAAUGUAUGCUUUCUUGUUUAUAAAUGCCUGAUUUUAAAAAGGAAAAAAGAAAAAGCUUGGCAUAUUUAUCUAUUUCCUUGUGUACCUGUUAGUCCUUUUGCCCCUCCCCUCUCCCCAAACAGAUGACGUUGUACAAUAAAGGACUUUGAGAGUA